GCCUGUGACGCCGAGCAGUUCCUGGGGCCGGUUUUCCAGAAGGAUAAAAGUUUUUCUUUAAAGUUGAAGGAGUUUCAGAAUGAAACUUUCUGGAAGUUUUCGGAAAGGAAGCGGCGGAGGAGCGGUUUGGACGGCGAGGGGCACAGGAGGUGGCUCGGGAGCCCUCCGAGGUGAAGCAGAUUUCCUCUUCCAAAAUGACUUUCCGAUUUCUGGUUUUCUGUCUGGCAUGUUCUGGGCUUGGAAAGGCAAAGGUGGUUCCACAGGCUGAAGAAAUUCAAGUGAGGGUGGGUGACAACGCCCCUCUGAGCUGUGCCCUGACAGAACCCAUGGAUGUCGUGCAAGUGACGUGGCAGAAGGGCUCCGAAAAAUCACUUAAGAAUAUAGCUACAUACAGUAAACUGAAAGGAUUGAGGAUUCACAAGUCCUAUCAAGACCGAAUGAAUUUCACAAGUCUGGAACUCAACGAGACAAGCAUCACUUUUUGGGACGCUACAAUGGAUGAUUCGGGAUGUUACCUGUGUCUCUUCAAUACUUUUCCCUCAGGCUCCGUCUCUGGACGUACCUGCCUUAGUGUCUUUGGUCUCAAUGCAUCUGUCCACUACAACAUUUCUGAAGGUCACUUGGUAGCCGUCUGUAGUGCUGUUGGCUUCCCAGAGCCCACCAUCACCUGGAACAACUUGUUCGAUUCUGCUCCUACACAGGAGGUGGUCAGUCACGCCAGUGGGGUGGUGUCCAUCACCAGCACCCUGCACGUCCACAACCCCCAGAGGAUCAGGGCCCAGGACUUGAUCUGCAGAGUGAACAACACGAAGGAAACCAGGGAAUUGCCCGUGAGAAUUAACGGAGAGGAGGGACCCUCAUUACUUUGGCUGCUGAUAAUUGCUGUGAUCGUAACUGUUGUCGUAGUUGUGUGUUUGCUGUUCUGGAGGAAGAAAAUCUGCAGGAGGUGCUGAAGUGGAUCCUUGAGGGUUUCCACUCACCUUCCAGAUCAUCAGAGCCCAGCAACCCGAAGUCAGCAUUAGAAAUAGUGACUUGACUGGCUGGAAAGAAGCAACAAAAAAAGGAAAAGAUACAUACACUGCUCUAUCUAGACACUGAGUUAUCACUGAAAUGACUAACACAAUGUUUUUUUUAUUCAGUCUGGACCAC